AUGAGAUUGAUGUUUAUAAAAAAAGAAGAAAGUAAGAGGGCAAAACGUCGUAUACUUCUUUAUUGUGGUUCUACUUCUACAUUGGUUAGAUUCUGUUUACAAUUAGAAGAAUUCUAUCCAAUUUUAAUACUUAAGUUAAUGAAUCAAGUUACAACAAGUAGUGGAUAUAAACUAUUUGAACAGACCAGUAACCAAAACUAUCCAAACCUCGCGUCUCCCUUCUCAUCGUCAAACCGACUCGACUCUUCCUCAGCAUCACCAAAUCCGCCACCAACAUUCACCGUCUAUAACCAACAUCUUAACAAACACGACUACAAAGACACUAACAGUGAUCUGAAUCAACUUCAAAGUUUAUCUACUUGCUCGCUAAAUAAUGAUCAGAGAAAUAUUAGUUCCAUGCAAAACAACAGUCUCAAUGUUCUUGUAUCUGGGAGUGUAGCCGGUGCGAUCAGUAGAACUGCAACCGCUGGCUUUGAAAGAUUGACCAUCAUCCAACAAGUUCAAGGACUAGCCAAAGAUGGUCCGAAAUAUACUGGUUGUAUUCGAGGUCUGCGUGAGAUGAUCUACAAAGAGGGUAUUUGGUCGUUAUUCAGAGGCAACGGUGCCAACAUUGUCAAGGUAUCGCCAAACUCUGCUAUUCGAUUCUUUACCUACGAGUAUUGUAAGAAUCAAUUCACUGGAUUCGACACUACCAAGAAGUUGUCCGGUGUCCAAUCUAUGACCGCCGGUGCUAUGGCUGGUCUUACUUCAACAUUUGCUACAUAUCCACUCGAUGUAAUUCGUACGAGACUCUCACUUCAAGGCUGUACCACAUCAUCUGAUUUCGGUGCAGUGCGUUACAAAGGAAUCUAUCAUGGUUUCUCAAAGAUCCACGCUGAAGAAGGUGUCAGAGGUUUAUAUAAAGGUUUAGGUACUGCUAUUAUGAGUGUUGCUCCUUGGGUAUCACUUAGUUUUGCUUCAUAUGAAGGAUUUAAAUCAAUUGUACAUAAAUUAAUUCAACAACAACAACAACAACAAUUAUUGGAGCAACAAGAACAAGAACAACAACAAAUCUCUUUUGGCCAAUCAUCUUUAUUAUCAUCACCAUCAACAAUAUCAAAUGCACCCAAUGUAAAGGGUCGUGAUAUGCUCAUCGAUCUUGGCUGUGGUGCAGCCAGCGGUUGUAUUACGAUGACCGUUUGCUAUCCUCUCGAUGUUCUGAGAAGAAGAAUGAUGAUACAAGGAAUCGGUGGUGAAACCAAUGCCACCAUCUAUAAAAAUGGACUUCACGCUUUGAGAUCCAUUGUCAAAUCAGAGGGUGUUUCAUCGCUAUACAUGGGAAUUGUGCCUGCCUACUUUAAGGUUGUUCCAACUGUUGCCAUCUCGUUUGCAGUGUACGAACUAUGCAAAGGAAUGUUGGGCAACGAACAAAAGAACCUCUCUGAUACUACUAAACAAUCAAACAAAUUAAAUUAG